AGAUCAUCGUCAAGAAAUAAAUUCUUCCUCACGACGACCACCAAUCACUCAAUCCCCAACCACAACAAUCCCCCGCAAUGGCUUCUCGAGGAAAUCCCAACACUCCUUCGAAAAGUCGUCGGAUCGCCAGUCGAGCCAAGGUUCAGCGACGCAAUGCUGUCAACAAAGUCACCAAGAAUCCACGUGGAACAAGAAAAAGCACAGUUCUAGCUCCUACCAGUGGACCAGCAGCACUUCUAUCUGGAAAGAAGGCACGCAAGGUUGAGAAAGCGAAGAAUCAUGCAAGAAAGAGAGCAAUUGAGAAGGCCAUGGAACAAGAGGGUGAAGUUGAGAUGACUGAUGCACCGAAAACAACCAAGUCGAAAGCUGCCGCGAAGGAUGGGGAUGGGAUGGAGUUGGAUGCGGUUUCUUGAGUUACGACAUCCUCCAAUGACCUAGAAUUCUGAGCUCGUAUACCCUCCAAAGUUGCUGUUCCAGCUUCGUCCAAUUUUGCAGCCAGCAAAGUCCCACAUAUCUCUGAGAUCAUUGGUAGAUGGCUAGGGCUUGCGAUUAAUUUGUUACAUCUGGCGUUUGACUGGAAGCUUUCAAGAUACCCAUACACACUUGGCGCAUGGAAGAAAGAAACGAUCAUGAAUUCCAACAUCUUACGGACUUAAAGUGCAC